AACAUGACUCGAAUCCUAGGCAUGCGUGGUAUGAGCAUGCCACGCACGUGUCUUCGUAUUUAGGGCUUCCUUCAAGCCAAGCCAAUCUUUACUUUUCCGGUCGUAGCAGCAACCUCUGGUGGUGGGCUGUUCACUGGGAACUUGGUUGCUGUCUAUGCGUACCAUUCUGCUUCGUCUACAGUAUGAAUAACCCCACGCCCUCCACUUUUCCCGAAAGCUCCGACUCCGAAAAGAUCUUGAAAGCGACAGCCAAGACGCUGUACGGUUGCAUCGAGGAAGUGUUGCUGGCGUCCAAGGAGAGGCCCCGCCACUUCGUCGAGACAGUGGAGCUGCAGAUAUUCCUCAGGAAUUACAACGCCAGAAAGCAUAAGUGCUUUAAGGGCUACAUCAGGCUUCCCUACAUACCACGUAAGAAGCUGGCGGUGUGUGUCAUCGGAAAUCAAGCCCAAUGUGAUGAGGCCGAAAGCCACCAUCUGAGCGCCGUUCCCGUUACGAGUCUGAAAGAAAAAGCGAAAACAGUGAACCAGGUGCGAAAACUCGCCAAGCGAUAUCGUGGCUUCAUUGCGUCUGAGCCUGUGAUAAAGAAGAUUCCACGUAAUUUGGCAAACGGUCUUGGCAAGAUGGACAAGUUCCCUGUGGUUUUGCCUGACGAUGAGCUGAUGCUGGCCACGCUUGAAGAUGUCGAGGCCACAGUCAAGUUCAUAGUGAAGGGACCAUUCAUUGGGAUUCCUGUCGGGAACGUCAGCAUGACCCAAGAGGCACUGGCAGAGAACGUUACCAUUGCCAUCAACAACAUAUUGGCUGCGUUGGAGCAACGCUUGCUGGUCAUUCGUUCCAUGCAUAUCAAGUCUACUAUGGGUCCCCCCAAAAAACUGUACUGAAUUCGUUUUUCGCAACUUGCAUAUUCUUACUCAUUAUCAAUAAAUAUUCUAUAUGCUACGUGCA